AUGGGAGCUAGAUUGAGCUUAAAUAGUGGAAAGGCAAGCACAAGUGGACACUUCGAGGUCUCACAGAUUGAAGCAUGUAAGCGACAAAAGACAUCAUCGAGCUUUUGGGAUGAGAAUCCGCGGCUAUUUCCUAGCCUUCCAGAUGAAAUAUCCAUUCAAAUCCUCGCCCGACUCCCGAGAAUUUGGCAUUUUAAUGCAAAGCAGGUCUCCAGGAGCUGGAAAGCUGCUAUUAUGGGCGGAGAACUUUAUAGGUUAAGAAAAGAACUUGGAACAACGGAGGAGUGGCUCUACAUUUUGACGAGAAUCGACAGCGAUAAGCUUGUGUGGUAUGCCUUCGACCCCGUGUCCCGGAUAUGGCAAAGAUUGCCUCCAAUGCCUAAUGUUGCUGCUGAAGAUGGUUCUAGGAGGUCUGGAUUUCGGGUGUGGAACAUUGUCGGUUCAAGUGCUAGAAUUGCAGAUGCCAUAAGAGUCUGGCUUGGCAGGAAGGAUGUGUGGGACCAAAUUCCGUUUUGUGGUUGUGCCAUCUGUGCUGUCAAUGGCUGCCUUUAUGUCCUGGGUGGUUUUUGCAGGGCUUCAGCCAUGAGGUCUGUCUGGCGUUAUGAUCCAAGUGUUAAUUCUUGGAGUGAAGUGACGCCCAUGUCUACUGGUCGAGCUUACUGUAAGACAGGUGUCUUAAACAACAAGCUUUAUGUUGUCGGAGGUGUCACCCGUGGUCGUGCUGGACUCACCCCUCUUCAAUGUGCAGAAGUAUUUGAUCCUUGUUCCGGUAUAUGGACCGAAAUCCCUAGCAUGCCAUUUUCAAAAGCUCAGGGGCUACCAACUGCUUUUCUAUCUGAUUUGCUGAAGCCUAUUGCAACCGGAAUGACAUCAUAUAGGGGGAAACUAUAUGUUCCUCAAAGUUUAUAUUGCUGGCCAUUUUUCGUCGAUGUUGGAGGGGAGGUAUAUGAUCCGGAAUCAAAUUCGUGGGUUGAAAUGCCUACUGGCAUGGGAGAGGGUUGGCCGGCCAGGCAGGCAGGGACGAAGUUGAGUGUCAUCGUUGAGGAAGAGUUAUAUGCACUGGAUCCCUCGAGCUCUCUUGAUAGUGCUCGGAUCAAAGUGUAUGAUCAUCAAGAUGAUUCUUGGAAAGCAAUUGAAGGAGAUGUACCCGUCCGUGACCUUGCUGAUUCAGAGUCUCCAUAUUUACUUGCCGGUUUCCUUGGAAAGCUUCACGUGAUCGCUAAAGAUGUGAAUCAUAACAUCUCAGUCAUGCAGGCUGAUAGGCAAAACCAAUUUGAUUCGACCCCAUCUACCUCUUCGUCUUCUGUAGGUGAAUCCUCGCAAGAGCUUUCUGAAGCAGCGACUAGAACUCCCGAAAGUAUUUGGAAAGUCAUUGCCACAAGGCGUGCUGGACUGGCCGAGCUAGUCAGCUGUCAAAUUCUCGAUAUCUAG